ACAUUUGUUGACCCAUCCGUGGUGUGCGGUUCUUUUGUGUACUGUUCUCGUAACCUUACGAGCAACACUAAAACGUCUCAAUCUAAAGCAUAGUGGAAGUUGUUUGGCUUUAUGUUGAAGCUUUGCAGGCUUACUUAACUUAGUUUAGUUUAGCUUAGCUCGCUAGCUAAAACACGCUAACGCAUUCCGAUUGCUUUGGUUUCACGCCACUUCCGAUUUGUAAAGAUUGUUUUAAGGAAAAGUCGAUCGGUUAACAUGAGAGUGAUUACUGUAUAAGGCUCUUCUCGACUUGUAUUUAAGAUGCGACAAACACUGACUGAAGGCUAACGAAACCCAAACAUCAAGUCAAAUGGUAGAGACAUGGAAAAUGAGGAGAGGAAAUCCAGGUCACGACGUACAACUAAAAAACAAAAGAAAAUGAGGUGUCCCGCAGACGUCACUGUAGAAGAUCUUCACCCUGAGAAGCAGGACCACCUCUACGUUAAACAGAAGGAGGAGUCCGACAUGCCGUGGAUCAAACAGGAGGUGGAGCCAGAGACCCCUGACAUUAAAGAAGAAAAACAGGAAGUUGAAAUCCUCAAGUUUCCAAUGGGUGUCGGUGUGAAGAGCGAAGAAGACGAAGGACCAAGUGAAGAGAGCGGACCAGCGAACCCUUUGAGCGAAGGCUCAUUUAAGCACGUGACAUACAAAGGAGAGGGACGAUCGCAACCGGACCGCCUCUUAGCUCCUCUUUCAGACAGCGACGACAUAACAUCACAUUCUUCUGACUUUGAUACUGAUGAGGAGGAGGAUGACUUUGACCGAAAUGCUUCGAAACCCUUAGACAAGUUGUCAUUUAAAAGAGACUCAAAAGAAUGUGCGGUUGGGAAACCUUUCCCCUGCUCACUUUGUGAUAAAACAUUUCCUUGGAAAUGCAAGUUGAAGGCACACAUGCGUACACACACUGGAGAGAAGCCUUUUUCCUGCACAGUUUGUGGUAAAAGAUUCACUCGUAAGGGACCAUUAGUAUUGCACACAAGAAACCACACCGGAGAGAAGCCUUUUGCCUGCACACUUUGUGGGGAAAGAUUCACCAAUAAGGGAAUUUUAAACAAGCACACAAGCACACACACUGGAGAGAAGCCUUAUGCAUGCACACUUUGUGAUAAAAAAUACUUCACGAAGGCCAAUUUAAACAUCCACACAAGAAGACACACUGGAGAGAAGCCUUUUGCCUGCACACUUUGUGGUAAAAGAUUCACCGAGAAGGGAGUUUUAAACAAGCACACAAGCACACACACUGGAGAGAGGCCUUUUGCCUGCACAGUUUGUGGUAAAAGAUUCAUCGAGAAGGGUUGUUUAAAGAAACACACAAGAACACACACUGGGGAGAAGCCUUAUGCCUGCACACUUUGUGAUAAAAAAUACUUCACGAAGGCAAAUCUAAACAUUCACACAAGAACACACACUGGAGAGAAACCUUUUGCCUGCACACUUUGUGGUAAAAGAUUCACUCAGAAGGGACAAUUAAUAUACCACACAAGAAACCACACUGGAGAGAAGCCUUUUGCCUGCACACUUUGUGGUAAAAGAUUCACCGAGAAGGGAUGUUUAAACAAGCACACAAGUACACACACUGGAGAGAAGCCUUAUGCCUGCACACUUUGUGAUAAAAAAUACUUCACGAAGGCAAAUUUAAACAUUCACACAAGAACACACACUGGAGAGAAGCCUUUUGCCUGCACAGUUUGUGGUAAACAAUUUGCCCAUAAGGGAAGAUUAAACAUUCACACAAGCACACACACUGGAGAGAGGCCUUUUGCCUGCACAGUUUGUGAUAAAAGAUUCAUCGAGAAGGGAGGUUUAAACAGACACACAAAAACACACACUGUAGAGAAGUUUUUCGCCUGCACACUUUGCGAGAAAGGAUUUAUUCGUAAGACUGAUUUAGAAAGACAUAAGCGCACACACACUGAAAUACAUAAUGAUAUGAAAUGACAUAAAGAACAAAAUUAUUUUUCAGGUGCUGUUCUUUUUCACAACUAUCCAAUAUACAGUAUAUGGUGGAAAACACACAAGGCUGAAAAAGCAAUAUCUACUCUUGCAUCCCUCUUCAAUAAAAUGCUGUAUUUUAAGCAGGGGUGAAAGUGGUUAUAAUUUCUUGCUGGAACUCCCCGACAUGAAGGUCGCCAUGGAGCCAGAAAUGUUAUUUAUUUAUUUAUUUUUUUCGGGGGGGGGCGUGCAGGUAAAAACUACUGGAAUGCAAAGAAAACUGUUUUCGUCAGUUAUUUCUAUAACGCAUACAAAAACUGAUUUUCAUUCAAAAUUGUAUUUUUUUCAAUGAUUUGCAAAAUAAAACAAAAACAGCUAUAACCCCAACCUCCAUCUCCUAAUUAUUAUUUUCCCUCAUUUCCUCACAUACUAAAUGCCAAAUCUCAAUUUCAACUACUUAAGAACAUAGGAUGUAUAUUAAAAUUGAAAUUGAUGUAAACAUUUUGUUGUUUUUUAAACAUAAAGAUAUAAGUAACAUAUACAUCCAUAAAAAUAACUCUUUCCUUGCUCUUAAAGAUUUGAUCCAUUUUCUUUUGCGUUGCCUUUUUUUUUUUUUUUUUUAAUUCUGUUUCAGAAAACAUGCACAUUUGAACUAGUCAGAGCUAACUAUCUCUGGUGCUCACAUUCAGUAUGUCAGCCAAUUGAACAGAUAAAUGAGUCCAGGCGUUUUGCUUUGCUGUGUGCAUUCGCACAUUGACGUGACUUGUCAUCGUCAGACUCGGAUAACUGCAGCAGCUUGGAAAACCUCCAUGCCGUCCGUGGAAUAAAAUAAAUAAUGUAUAUAGGUGGAAAUGGAUUACGCUACGCAACCACUUUAUUAUGCUUGUUGUUAACACUUGUGUAUGUAAAUCUGAUGUUGGUAGAUUGUUUUCUUUUUGGAGAUGAAAUGCAUGUGUGUCAGCUUUCUACAUAUAUCUUUUUUUAAUAUAGCGUUUUGACAGUUGCCGUCAUAUUUUCAGAAUCAAAGCACCGUAUACCGGAACUGUGUUCCGGCCCUGAAUCUUAUACCAGAACCGUUCUGGCCCACUUUCACCCCUGAUUUUAAGCCAAAUGAACUACUGUUGUUUGAUAAAACAAUAUGUCUAUAUGCUGCUAUUGCAGUUUUAUGGCGUAUUAUGCCCCUGGACUAGUUUUAAUUUGUCCGUUUUAUCCUGGAGACCUCCGUUUACAUACACUGAGCAACUGAUUGUGUGCUCACUGUCAAUAGUCUUCUGCGUUCCAGAAAUUAUGUCACACUUCCGGGGUUGGGAAUACAGUAUUGACGAAGAGCUAAAAAACUUAAAAAGGAGAAGAAAAAAAGGGGAAAAAAAACGCAGAUCAUCCUUGCAGUUACGCCUUUGAAAUGACACGGUUGUUUCGACCAACUUGUCCCAAGUUUAUAUUCGUAAAUGUCACGACAAGGCAGCAUAGGCAUUGCAGACCAGGCACAUGCAUAGAGGGGGGCAUAUACAUGACCAAAGUUCCCCUUUUGACUUGGCUUUUUUUUUUUUUUUUUUUGGUGUGUAUGUGUGUGCUGGCCGAAUGCAGGCACGCCACCGAGUACUUAAACACUAAAAAAACAUUUGAAAAGAAAAAAAAGCCGUCCCCUCCUCGCUCGCUGUUCGUUUUUGACCUUGGUGUGUGGUGAGGAGUCCGAGGACAUCUAGUGGUGUUAAACAUGGCUUUACCCUAUUAAACUGUGUACAAGCAAAUUAUGAAAAUUCUUACUCCAGGUUUACUGUGGGGAUUUUUGAAAAAUAAUACGUAAUUUUCACUUUGUUUUCUACUUUUAUAAUUAAUUACCUCUCACCCCCAGGCCCAUGGCUAUUUCGAUCCGUGUGUCUCCACUCUCUAUAAGCAACCAUAUUCGUCCGUUCUCGUCACAGCGUUAUCUAGAAAGGUACGCAUGUAUAAGUUCUCGUUUGUUCUCAAUUUAAUAUUUGCAAUCCGUCCCUUUAUUUCAUUUUCUGUGAUUCCGGUGUUUGUAUGAAUCUUCAUGUGAUAAUUUGGUCAUUCCAUGUCCAUGUAUUUUUUGGUAAAAAUAUUUUUGUACCUUUCCGGCUAGUCACCCUUGUUAAGUGUUCUGUCUUCUCUCUCUUCACAACAUUAUUGUGAAAGAAAUUAAGAAAGCUUUAAAAUAAAAGCCACCAGGGAAUCAGAUUUUUUUUAUUUAUUUAAGAUUUAUAUUUCAUUAUGUAGACAUGCCUCAGAAGGAAAUGAGGUUGAGGGGUUAAAAAAAAAAGGAGCUGGAUGAGGCUGUUUACUCAUUUGCUCCCAAAAACGGAUCAAUACGUUCUAUUUUUAAU